AUCCCCCUCAUACGCGACGAUGUCUGCUACUCGCCCAGACGUUGCGUCGCAGGUCCAGGCACUCCUGGCCUCGCUGCCAGCGCAAUUCGACCCUCUUUCCCCGCCCGCUUCACUGCCGACGUCAUCGCGCGAGGUGGCAGCGUUUGUUGAUCACACCCUCCUCGCUCCUCAAUCAACGACGGCCGAGAUCAAGAAGCUCUGCGUCGAUGCGGUCGCGCUGGGCACGGCGAGCGUGUGCGUCAACUCGAGUGUCGUAGGCGUUGCACGCAAGGCGCUCGGAGAGGCCAAGGUGAUGGCAAUCUGUACCGUUGGGUUUCCCUUUGGCGCCGCGUGCUCACGAGGAAAGGCGGCAGAGACGGAGCAGGCGGUGCGUGAUGGCGCUCAGGAGAUCGACAUGGUGCAGAAUGUCGGAUGGGUGAGGGAAGCGAGGUGGGACGACGUCUUUGACGACGUCGAAGCGGUCGUAAAGGCGGCAGGCGCAGUGCCGGUCAAGGUCAUCCUCGAGACGUGCUAUCUCACGCGCGAGGAGAUUGCAGCCAGCACGCUUGUCUGCUGCCUCGCUGGCGCCGCAUUCGUCAAGACGUCGACUGGGUAUGGCACCGGGGGAACCAAAGCAGAGGACAUCCGUCUGAUGGCAGAGGUAGCCCAUGCGCGCGGGGUCAAAGUCAAGGCCUCGGGAGGCAUUAGGAGCUGGCAGACGGCGGCACUUAUGAUCGAGAAUGGGGCAGACCGUGUGGGCGCCAGUGGGACGAGGGCGAUCAUCGAGCAGUUUGAAGCUGGCAGCAGCACGAGCAGCGAGGCGGCGGCGGGUGGAUACUAGGCGCAGCGAUGGCCAGGAGGCGGGUUGCAGGAGUUGUCGAAGCUGCGACCACCCCUCGAAACAUUUCGCCGCCACGCAGUCACGGCGCUCAAUGCAAUACCACAACGCAUACGCAAUUCCAUUGGUCUCAGCCCUCGCCGCACUACGGCAGGACAAUGUACCUCUGCAAGUGGUCGGGGAUCGCCUUGUCCAGCCCCUUGGACUCGAGCCAUUUCCUCGAGAAGAGGC